CCAUCCCUCCCUUCAAGUUUCGCCCUUCGCUCUCUCUCUCACCACCCACACACUCACAAACGCACUCCCAUUCCCUCUCUCUCUCUCUCUCUCUCUCUCUCCGACCUAGCGAGACCGAGCGAUCCGUCCCCAAUCUCGCGAUGCUCCGCCGUGCAGCCGCGUCCCUCCUCUCCGGCGCCUCCCGCCGCCGCUUCUCGACCGACGUGGCGGCCGCCCCCGCGGAGGCGGAAUCGAGGUUCGUGGAGGCCUGGAAGAAGGCGAGCCCCAACCUGGAGCCGCCCAAGACCCCGUCCGCCUUCAUGAAGCCCCGACCACCCACUCCCUCCGCUCUCCCCUCCAAACUCACCGUCAACUUCGUCCUCCCCUACGCUUCCCAAUUGGCCGCUAAAGAGGUUGAUAUGGUCAUUGUACCAGCAACAACUGGUCAGAUGGGUGUUCUCCCAGGACACGUAGCAACAAUUGCAGAGUUGAAACCUGGUGUCCUAUCUGUACAUGAAGGGAGCGAUGUGACCAAGUACUUUGUCAGCAGUGGCUUUGCAUUCAUCCAUGCAAACUCGGUCGCUGAUAUAGUAGCUGUUGAGGCUGUGCCAGUAGAUCGAAUUGAUGCAAAUCUUGUGCAGAAGGGUCUUCAAGAUUUCACCCAGAAGCUGAACUCAGCCACAACUGAUUUGGAGAAAGCUGAAGCUCAGAUUGGGAUCGAUGUCCAUAGCGCUCUCAACUCUGCUCUUUCAGGCUGAGUACUGUAGUUGACUCUUUCCUUUUGUAUUUGUUUAUUUCCCCCCACUGUGUGGCAUUGAUUUGUCUCGGUGUAAUCAAAGUUGCUAAAGAACAUUUUCAUCAUGAAUUCCUGUGUUGAAAGUGACUUGAUAAAAUAAUAUUUCAACAGCUUCCAUCUUAGCUCAAGGAUGUUGGGCAAGACCUUGAAAUUAGAAACCAAAGCUUCAUUUUUGUUUUGGAUUAUAUUAUAGGCAAUAUUAUGAAUCAACUCCAUAAGCCGCGCUUUUACUGGUUA